UCGAACCCGGGUCCUCCGCAGAACACUCAAGAAGAGGUGGGACACGAUUCUGCGCACUACCCAACACCUGAGGGAACAGAUUGCUCAGCACAAUGUGGCAUUCUCAGUGGCUGGCAGAAGCCGGUCAAGCUCGAAGGUGCAGGUGGUGAGAACAGGAGACUGGGGAUAGAGAGGCCAGCUUGUGAUGAAGGUGAAGGCACAGGUUGGCCCUUUGGGGGGGUCCAGGGAAAAUCAGGAUUCACAGGAAGAAGGAACAUUUAGAGAGAGGAAUUCUUCACAUCACCGCGCGCAUCCCCCAACCGAGUCUCAAGCGGGAGGGACAAGCAGUUAAUCCAUUGUAGGUGUGCCAAGUGUUUCUGUUACCCUACCAAGAGAAGAAUCAGAAGAAGACCCCAAAACCUAACCAUCUUGAGUCUCCCAGAAGAUGUACUCUUUCACAUCCUAAAAUGGCUUUCUGUUGGAGACAUCCUUGCUGUCCGAGCUGUACAUUCCCACCUGAAGUACCUGGUGGACAACCAUGCCAGUGUAUGGGCAUCUGCCAGCUUUCAAGAGCUAUGGCCGUCUCCACAGAACCUGAAGCUCUUUGAAAGGGCUGCUGAAAAAGGAAAUUUUGAAGCUGCUGUGAAACUGGGAAUAGCCUACCUCUACAAUGAAGGCCUGUCUGUGUCAGAUGAGGCCCGUGCAGAAGUGAAUGGCCUGAAGGCCUCUCACUUCUUCAGUCUGGCAGAGCGAUUGAAUUCAGGUGCUGAGCCCUUCAUCUGGCUCUUCAUCCGCCCACCCUGGUCAGUGUCUGGAAGCUGCUGCAAAGCUGUGGUCCAUGAGAGCCUCAAGACAGAGUGCCAACUACAGAGAACUCACAAAGCUUCCUUACUGCACUGCUUGGGAAGAGUGCUAAAUCUUUUUGAGGAUGAAGAGAAAAGGAAACAGGCUCAUGACUUUUUUGAAGAGUCUGCUCAUCAGGGAUGCUUGGCCAGCUCAUAUCUCCUUUGGGAAAGUGACAAAAGGAUGGAUAUGUCUGAUCCUGGAAGAUGCCUCCACAGCUUCCGGAAACUCAGGGACUAUGCUGCCAAAGGCUGCUGGGAAGCACAGCUGGCUUUGGCCAAAGCCUGUGCAAGUGGGAACCAGCUUGGACUAGAAGGGAAAGCGUGCAGUGAGAUGGUCUGUCAGUUGUUCCAGGCCUCUCAGGCCAUCAGCAAGCAGCAAGUCUUCUCUGUGCAAAAGGGACUCAAUGACAUAAUGAGAUACAUUCUGAUUGACUGGCUGGUGGAAGUUGCCACAAUGAAGGAUUUCACAAGCUUAUGUCUUCACCUGACAGUGGAGUGUGUGGACCGGUACCUGCGGAGGAGGCUGGUACCCCGGUACAAGCUCCAGCUUCUGGGCAUUGCCUGCAUGGUCAUCUGCACCCGGUUCAUCAGCAAAGAGAUUCUGACAAUUAGAGAGGCCGUGUGGCUCACAGACAAUACAUACAAGUACGAGGACCUGGUACGAAUGAUGGGAGAGAUUGUUUCUGCUCUGGAAGGGAAGAUUCGAAUCCCUACUGUGGUUGAUUAUAAAGAGGUCCUGCUGACGCUGGUCCCCAUCGCACCCAAAACCCAGCACCUGUAUAGCUUCCUUUGUGAGCUCUCCCUGCUGCACACCAGCCUGUCCAUCUACGCCCCAGCCCACUUGGCCUCUGCAGCCCUGCUCCUGGCCAGACUGAUGCACGGGCAGACACAGCCCUGGACCACUCAACUCUGGGACCUCACUGGAUUCUCCUAUGAAGACCUCACGCCCUGUGUCUUGAGCCUUCAUAAAAAGUGCUUCCAUGAUGACACACCCAAGGACUACAGGCAAGUUUCUCUGACAGCUGUGAAGCAACGAUUUGAGGAUAAGCGCUAUGAAGAAAUCAGCCAGGAAGAGGUGCUGAGCUACGCCCAGUUGUGCAGUGCCCUAGGAGUAAAGCAGGAGAGCCUAGAGCCCUCCUCUUUUCCUAGCACAGGGGAAAUCCACACCUUCCUCAGCUCUCCCUCUGGACGGAGAAGCAAACGGAAGCGGGAGAACAGCCUCCAGGAAGACAGGGGUAGCUUUGUCACCACACCCACUGCAGAGCUCUCCAGUCAGGAGGAGACGCUGCUAGAUAGCCUUCUAGACUGGAGCCUGGACUGCUGCUCUGGCUAUGAAGGCGACCAGGAGAGUGAAGGCGAGAAGGAGGGUGAUGUCACAACUCCCAGUGGAAUCCUUGAUGUCACCGUGGUUUACCUAAACCCAGAACAGCACUGCUGCCAGGAAUCCAGUGAUGAGGAGGCCUGUCCAGAGGACAAGGGUCACCAGGCACCAGACACCCAGACACUGCCAACUCCAAUUCCAAAGCCCCUUCUUUACAACAGGGGAGAGCCUGGCAAGGACCUCACGACCUCAGGUUACUCCUCCGUCAGCAGCGCAAGUCCCACAAACUCCAUCGAUGGCAGCCUGGGGGGCCCUCCCCAAUCUACCUCAGUCCUGUCCCUGGGCAGUGACUCAAACACACAGCCUUGCCACCAUCAGGCCAAGAAGUCAUGUUUACACUGUCGUUCCCCCAAUCCCCCAGAGAGCAGUGUUCCCCAGCGACAGGUAAAGCGCCAAAACCUAUCUGUGCACAGUGAUGAGGACACGAACUUAGGCUUCCUGAAACUCUGAGUGUAUCAGCGUUUGCCAUGGUGAAUGUUUACUGAGAGAGGGCUAUUGUUUCACUAGGAGGUGUGGGACACUGCAUAUGGGUGCUGUGUAGACCCCAGGUGAGCACCAGGUUUCUCUGUCCAGGAAGUUCAGUGUGAGUCACCAUAACAUCAAAUUCAGUGAAAAGCUCAGCUUCUUGCUGGAAAACAGCCUCAAAACAGUCAUGCCACACAGUGUAAAACCCAUGUCUCUGUGUCCUGCUGUCUCUGGAAGCCUCAGCUUGUGUGCUGGUUUGCUCAAUCCCAGGCCAGGAGCUAACAGCUUCCUGGCUCAGAAUACGAGUGACCCAAGUAGCCUAACACAGCUCAAAUCCUUACUGGCAUGUCUUGCUUUAGGCCAGUGGGGAGAUAUCAUCUGAACACAACAUUAUCUCCUCACUCCCCUCAACCUGGGAAACCUGUCCGUGUCCCUUCAUAUAAGUGUUGACUAUAGCCUCAUCAACAAGUGUGUGGACUUUGAUGCUGUGGCCGCAGGCUCUCUCCCACUGGCACUUUGAGCCAGAAAUCUGUCCUCCCAAAGUGGUUUAUCUGUGUCCCGUUGUAUCUAUGUGACCACCUUUAUGCACUGAAUUUCUAGGCCAUUCCUUUCCCAUCUUUAUUUCUGGAUUUCUUCUAAUGAAAACAAAUGAAAAAUUUUACAUAGAGGUUAUUAAGUAAAAAGACAACAAAUUGACAAUAUUAUUUAGCCUCAACUGAAAAAAAUCUAGCCAUGUAUGGUGGCUCAUACCUGAUAUUCCUAUUCCAGCAGUCAGAAAUAUGUGGCAAGAGGAUCAGAUGUUCCAGGCCAGCCUGGGCUGACUAGUAAGAUUUAUUUCAAAAAAAGGAAAGACUGAUACCAGCCCCUUGGUGCUAUCCUUGUGUACUUUAUGGAAAAAGAAUUUUUCCCUGAGUACAGCCAGAAAACAAUCACUUGACUUGUAAUUGAAGUGACAAAGAGGCAGAAGAGCAGAGAAGUCAGGACUUUCCCCUGACUUAUAACUGGAUUCCAUUCAAAGAAAGCAGAUCACUGUCCUUUUGUGCUGGUCAGAAACUCUGCUUCUUGUUCUGCAAGAGUGCCUGUCUGUGUGGGAGGCCUUGGAUUUGUGAGGCAGCUGUCCACAGUGCCUGGGGAGUCUCACUAUGAAGCCCUGGCUAGCCUCAACCUGCUUCUGCCACUAGAGUGCUGGGAUCAAAGGUAUACACCCAGCCUCUGCAGGCAUACUUUUGUUCUCUCUUAAAGAACCACUUGGCCAGGAGUGUCCCCAAGUGUCCUUGGACCUAAAAUACAGGAAUAGAGAAAUGUUUGCUCAGUGUUCACUUAUCUGUGUGCUUUUCUGUCUGUUGAUGGCCCCAGUAGCAGCUGUUCUUGCUACUGUUAAGAUUCUGGCUGGAGUAUGAUUGGGGUAAGGAGAACCCAGGAGUUUGAAUUAUGGUCUACUCCAUUGACCUGGCUUUCUGGGGGCAUGUAUGAGCCUGUUUCCUCAUCUGUAAGAUGGGGCAGUAAUACCUACCUCACAGGGGUGUUGUGAGGAUUAAAUGUGAUGAGACUCUUGGCAUGAGUGAUAAUGCAUCCUUUAAUCAAAAACUCAGGGCUAGACAAAUGCACAAGUAGU